AUGGCUUUCGGCACCGGAAAGGAUGAACUGCGAGUACCGAACACGACGUUCGGGAUGGCCACGUAUCUCUCUGCUGACAUGACAAGUCAAGCGAACUUUGACGGUAUCCUCGGGCUUGGCUUCCAAUCACUUGCUGUUAAUAAUAUUCUACCGCCACUGAUGAACGCGCACGCUCAAGGGCUCCUCGACGACCCGGUAUUCACGGUGGUUCUUGGACACCGUAACAACGACGCGGGCCCUGCCGGGCAGAUCACCUACGGAGCCAUCGACACUGAGUCGUGCACUUCCAACUUUUCCUGGGUCCCACUGAGUCGUGCUGCUUACUGGCAAUUUACGGUGUCGAAAGCCAGUUUCGGUUCGUUCAGCGGCGGUCCCUACGAGGUCAUCACCGAUACGGGCACCUCGUUCAUCGGCGGUCCCGUCGAUGCCAUUACCGCUAUUGUAAAAGCCCUCGGGGCUAAUUAUGACGACCAAUAUGAUAUGUAUAUGACCAGCUGUAGCGGCGAUUUUCCGGAUUUAGAACUGACGAUUGGUGGCAAGGUGUACAGCGUGACGCCGAAAAACUAUCUGCUAAACGAUUUUGAUGGCACGACCUGCGCGGCCGCCUUUUUUGCCUUUUCAGAG